GCGCCAACUCUUGAGUGGGUCUGUCGUUGUCGCAUCUCAUUGCGUUUUCCCCUCACUCUCGAGCAUCACGUAGCGAUCCUUCCGUGUGUAUUCCGAAGUGCGAGAGGCCAAGAGCGAGGCAGGAACGGUUACGGCUGUGCGCGUGGGCGUCAGUAAAUCGCGUCAAGACUACUGAAACGAGCGCGAACUCUGUUGACUCCCGCGGAGCGGGAGAGACGAGAGAGUUGAAGCCGAGAUAACGUCGUCGUCAGACACGAAACGUGUGAUCAUCGUCCUCGAGAUCUCAGAGUAUUGUAUAAUCCGGGGGAUCGUAAAGUAAGUAUUUGGAACAGUGUCAAAAAUCGCGACGCGCGCUUUUCGCGGAAACGAGGUCCGUGUUUGUUGUCCACACGACGGUGUGACGGUGUGACGGCGAUCGAUUUUCACCGAGAAACAUUCUCUCCUGCCGGCUCGUCUUGGACGACGUAGUACGUGCGCCACCGACGGCCGAAGGAGCGGGAGAUAACUUGAUAGAGAAGCGAGACGGGCGGCAACGCGCGCGAAUCGACGCUUCUACGCACAAACGCGGGACAGGACGGUACAGGUGGUCGCGGUGAAGCCGGCGAAAGGAUUCCCCGUCUGUGAUGUGCGAGUGAGCGAUGGAGUCACCAGUCAUGUAUGAUUCAGCAGCCCACCAGGCCCAGACCCAGGGCACGGCCGAUUUGAAGAAGGCCCAGGUGCUCAACAACAACACCAGCAAUCAGAAUAAUAACAAUAACGCCGCGACGAACAAUAACAAUUCCACCCUGCUCAAUCACAAUCACAAUCACAAUCAUCAGCAGCAGCAGAAUAGCGCGGUGGUGAAGCAGGUAUCCGGCAGCAAGGCGAGCCUACACCAGCAGUAUGUCGAGCACUGCGCCGCCGCCGGCGAGCUUACCGAUCUCAAUGCCCCGGAGAUUUCGCUGGAUCUUCAAAACCUGAUCGACGACAAUCAGUUCGGCGACGGUUUACUCGACAUGCUUGGCACCAAUAACAAUGCCUUAAAGCACGUCAGGACGGGCGGUUAUCCCCGCACGACCCUCGCCUACAUGCCGCAGCCGGUGCACAGCGGCGCUACCUACCAUCAGAACAGCAACAGCUGCAGCGACAGCAAUAGCUCGAGCUCGGAGUCGCCCAGCAUCAAGGAGGAGCCGUUGGAUCCGGCGGAUUACAGACGCCACUGCCCUCAGUAUCCGCCUACCGGCUACAGCCCGGUGACGAAUAAUCCGUUCGCCAAUGGUGGGCAAACCUUCACCACCCUGACGCCGUCCACGUUACCGGGCGGUCAUCCGGGUGCGCCGGUACACCAGCCGCCGCCGCGGGGUGGCCCGAUGAAGGGUCCGGUGAUGACCCACCACCCCGCCGCGAAUGUCGCCAGGAAGCAGAGCAAGACCAUCGACAAGGCGAGCGACGAGUACAGACGACGGCGGGAGAGGAAUAACAUCGCCGUGAGGAAGAGCCGCGAGAAGGCGAAGGUGCGAUCGCGCGAGACCGAGGAGAAGGUCAAGAUGCUGGUGAAGGACAACGACGUUCUGAAGAAGCGGAUCGAGCUGCUCAACGAGGAGCUCAAUGUGCUCAGGUCGCUCUUCAGCAGCGUUGGCGUAGUGCCCGAGCAGCUGCACCGCGAGAUCUCCAGGCACCUCGACCAGUUUCAGCAGCACGCGGUCGGACCCAUGUAGCAGUAGCGACAACAGUGCACAGACGAUUGCCGCGCAAUUCGAGAUGACAUUGUCUUCCGACGACAUCGUCGUUGACUCGCGUCCCUGGGCUAUCAGGCCGCUCCGAUUGUGAGACGAAGUCAAUCGCGCGUCUUCCGCUUCCUCCCGCGUCUCUCCGCGCAAUAUCUCGCGCGUACAUCUCCGAGGAGGAGAAGUCAUCUCUCGACCGUCCUCUCUCUCUCUCUCUCUAUCUCUCUCUCCUCCCGCUCGCUCGAUCUUUUUUUCCUCCUCCUUUCGUCUUCUACGUCGUCCUUUAUAUCUCACUCGGCUCGGAGCGCGCGACGCGAACGCACGUGCAUGCAUGCGUGCGUCGCCGUUUGCGUCGCGAGAUCCGCGAAGACGAACGCGGGAGGGCGAGAAGCGGGGGAAUCGCGGGCGAGUCGCGUAGGAGGGCGAGCGAGAGGAGCGGAGCUGGGCUCUAUGCGCGCGAGCUUGCGAUGACUGAGAAACGCGGUCGGCGUGGUUUCGCGCCAAGAACUUCGCAUUUCGUCGGAGAAGAGAAGUGCUUCUGCCCGUAGGACGAGCGUCCCUUCGCUCCGCAGAUAGUGCCGUUUCGGACACUGAAAAAAAAAAGAAAAGCGAAAGGGGGCGAACACCGAUAAAUAAAAACAGUAAAUCGUGAAGGAUCAAUCGCGUGAUCGCGCAAGCAAGCCGUCGUGUUGCGAUCUCCCGAGAUAAUAUCCGCUUAAACUCUGGACGAAGAACGCCAGAAAUUUUUUUCCUUUUUCUCUUCCGUUCAUCUUCCUUCGUCGUUCGCGUUACUUCUUAGUAUCUUACUUCCGUCGUUCUUCCUCUUAUUGUUAGCACUUUACGGGCUAAAUAAGCAAGACUGUGGGGUGAUCUAUCGAUAUUUCGAGGCGGAUCGAUGGACGAAAAGUCGCAGCGCGAAGGCAAAGCUCCGAACGAAUUGUGUCUCGAUUGUGAUUCACGCGAGAGAAUCCUCACGUUUAGUUGUAUAUUAUGUUUCGUA